ACUCAUUAGCAUUGAAUUCCGAAGGGACAGAUAGUUGUGUAAGAAAGAGCUCCUGAGCCAAUAAAACAAUCUCUCUGUCUUCCCUUGAAGAAGGAGAAAUGGGGGGAAAUUAAAAGGGAAAAAGGCAUAUAACCGGAAACAAUCGCGUUUCGAAUUCAAAAUCACUCGUUUCUCGCUUCUCCUUUCGUUCGACGCAUGAAUGCAGGGGCUUCACCGCUUCAGACUUCAGUAGCAGAGUGACAGAAAUUAGAAACUCAAAAAAGUAGGCGCAGCCGAGUGAGAAACCAUGGAACGUGAAAACGACAACAGCGCCAAAAGCAGUGUCAACGGUCAGCGCCGCGUGGGUUUACUCUACGACGAGAGGAUGUGCAAGCACCACACACCAGACGACGAGGACCAUCCCGAGACCCCCAAUCGCAUCAGAGCUAUUUGGAACAAACUCCAAAGCACCGGCGUUCCCCAACGAUGCGUGAUUUUGGAGGCCAAAGAAGCUGAGGACAAACAUCUACUGUUAGUGCAUUCUGAAAAUCAUGUUAAUCUGAUUAAGAACAUCAGCUCAAAGCAGUUCAAUUCGCGGAGGCAUAAGAUUGCCUCAAAAUUGGAUUCCAUAUAUUUUAAUGAAGGUUCAUCGGAAGCUGCGUACCUUGCUGCUGGCUCUGCAGUAGAGGUUGUUGAAAGAGUGGCAAGCAGGGAAUUGGAUUCUGCUGUUGCCAUUGUUAGGCCUCCAGGUCAUCAUGCAGAACAAAAUGAAGCUAUGGGAUUCUGUCUGUUCAACAAUGUGGCAGUUGCUGCAAGAUAUCUCUUAGAUGAAAGACCAGAAUUAGGUGUGAAGAAAAUAUUAAUUGUUGAUUGGGAUGUCCAUCAUGGAAAUGGUACUCAGAAAAUGUUCUGGAAUGAUUCUCGAGUUUUAUUCUUUUCCGUUCACAGGCAUGAGUUUGGGAGUUUUUAUCCAGCUAAUGAUGAUGGAUUUUAUACCAUGAUUGGAGAAGGAGCAGGUGCUGGAUAUAAUAUAAAUGUCCCCUGGGAGAAUGGGCGAUGUGGUGAUGCAGAUUACUUUGCAGUGUGGGACCACAUCUUGCUUCCUGUUGCUAAAGAAUUUAAUCCAGACAUAAUUAUAGUUUCUGCUGGAUUUGAUGCAGCUGUUGGUGACCCUCUGGGAGGAUGCCGUGUCACACCAUUUGGUUAUUCUGUUCUGUUAGAGAAGUUGAUGAAUUUUGCUGAAGGUAGGAUUGUACUGAUUUUAGAAGGAGGAUAUAACCUUGAUUCCAUCGCAAAAUCAAUGCAUGCCUGCUUGGAAGUUUUGCUAGAGGACAAGCCUGUUAUUGGAUCCUCAGAGGCCUAUCCAUUUGAAUCUACGUGGCGUGUGAUUAAAGCGGUUCUCCUGGAGUUAAGUCCCUUUUGGCCUACACUUGCAUGUGAAUUACCGCAAAAGUUAAUCUCACAAAUGGCACCACCUCCGCAUACUCUUGUCUCAAGCUCUGACUCUGAGGCUGAGGAUGAUAAGGGUGCACCAAGUUCAGAAAAUUUUGUUGAACUUCUUGAGGAUGUCAUAAAACCACUUUCCAAACUGAAAGUUGAUGCUGAUGAAGAUACUGAUGUUUCUAGUACUUGGCGAUCUGAAUUGUCAAAUGUUUAUAUAUGGUAUGCCUCAUAUGGAUCAAAUAUGUGGAAGGCAAGAUUAAAUUGCUACCUAGCAGGUGGACAGGUGGAAGGUAUGCAGAAGGGGUGUUCUGGUUCAGUGAAUAGAACUCUGCCAAAAGAGAUCCUGUGGAAGACUUUCCCUUGUCAUAUAUUUUUUGGUCGUGAUUCAUCACAUUCAUGGGGUAUGGGAGGCGUUGCAUUUCUUAAUCCUGAGAAAAGUUUUCAGCACAACACCUAUAUGUGCCUGUACAAAAUUUCGCUAGAGCAGUUCAAUGAUAUUUUGUUUCAGGAAAAUGGUUUAAGCCUUGAUGCGGGCUCUCCUUUAUUUGAUAUAACUACUCUGAAUGCUAUCUCUUACAAGGAGUUCCACUCUCUGGAGGUUGUCAAGGGUGCUUGGUAUGGCAAUGUUGUCUACUUAGGAAAGGAGCUGGAUAUUCCAGUAAUUACCAUGACGUGUUCUCUUCUUGAUAUUGAACGUUUCAAAUCUGGGAAGCUACCAUUGCGUGCCCCUAAUAAAGCGUAUGCAAACACCUUAAUAAAAGGGUUGGUAGAUGGAGAACAGCUUUCAGAGGUGGAAGCCAUCGCUUACAUAGAAGGUGCUGCUAAAUCAUUGUAGUUUGCAUAGGCGUGCCAUUUACUUUAGGUGUAAAAAUCUUCUAGAACAACUUACUCGUACAGAAAAAGAUUUCCCUUGUAGAUAUUGAGUAACUAAACCUUGGAGUAUUGCUUAUUUCUCGUAGUUUUGUGUGCCUUGCGCAGCUACACUUUCAUUUGCUACAAUGCUGGUGCAGCACUGCAUGUAUAUUUUGAGUGGUAACAUUUAGUUGUAACUAGAAUAUUUAAGGAACUUGCCUAAAUGAUUGAAUUGCUGCUUUAUCUACCA